CGAAUAUAAUCGUGUAAUCGAUUGUUGAUGCACAUGCAAAACACGCGCAUUUUGCAAAAUAAAAAACAAUAAAUAAAACAUGCAACUACAACCCCACAGUUACAAGCAUUACAAAAUAACAUUGCGAGACUUGCUGCAAAGCGUCACAACUCUCAUUCGCAACUAUGUCAACACAUUAAAAAGCCAGACACCAAACCUCAUAACACAAGCAAAUCGACUAUGGGAAUUGAGACAGCGGCAGCGUUUAGUCAUGGGUGUCGAGGCAGCAGCUGCGAAUAAUCUGCUUACAGCUAGUAACGCCGUAUACCAGCAAAUUUACCAGGCAAUAGAAAGUCUGCUUGAAGCGCUAGACGAGAUUGCUAAGCACAUUGAAGAUUUCGAACGCAUAAGCAAUGAACUCAGGGAAGAAGCACAGCAGAAUUGUGAACUGCCAACACUUUCCCACUGCACUGGAUGGUUAUUGCAAACGCUGAGCGUUCUGCAAACCCAGGCGAAAUAUUUGGAACUUCACACACGUUCACUGCAUCCAGCGGCAAUCGAGAGCACAACGGCGAAACAGCUGCAGAAAGACCUGCAGCUAGUCAAGGAAUACGAGCUAAACAUUUGCAUGGGUAUUGCAAAAGCGGAGCGACAACAACUUGAUAUUUUGCCGCCUUUUGCGAUAACAAUAUGACCACAAUUAUUGCAAAUAAGCACAUCAUAUAAAUACUAUAUAUUUAUAAUAAACUUGAAAACAAUUGCAAUUUAUUUGCUAGAAAUUCUCAAAGAUUUUGUUGCUGUUGUUGUUGCAGAGCAAGCCACUGUUUUGAAGUUCGGUUCACAGAUAUCACAAAACAAAAAAUGUUUAAAAAAAUAAAUACAACUUAGGCGUGUUGUUAACGUUUUAAGCACUGAAAUACUUGAAAUUUAUUUACAACAUUUCAAUUGGGUUGAUUUCAUUUCAUUGCAUUUCUCGGGAUAGUUUUAUGAUGUUGAUGGUGUUGUUAUUCCAACCUAACCGCUGUGUCGCGAAAUUCCAAAAUGCAAAUCCUGAUC